AUGGAAUCGGAGUGUCCCACACCCUAUAACUCACUCUAUAUACCAGUGAAGAGGAAGGACGUUGUAUGCUGUAAGCACGGAAUAGCAUGCGAAGUUGCGAGAAAAGAAAAGGAGCAGGAAAUGAUUGGCGAAGACAACAUAUCGGACCAGUACGUGAACCUCGUCGACACAAAGAGAGACGCCACUAAAACUCGAGACGAACUCAUACAGUCGUUAGCAGGAAGAUUGAAAGAGCUGGAAGCUAGGAAUGUGCGAAGAAAAGAAAAGAAGAGGAGCAGACGACGCAGAGCGAAAGAAGAAAGAAUUAAGGAAGAGGAAAGGUGCCGAGAAAUGGAGCGAGCGCGCCUGAAGUCGACGGAUGAAAACAUCAAGAUGAAAGGGGAUGAAUCAGAGCAGGGGUCACGACAAAAAGCGGAAGAAUUUGUGAGGAAGCAAGACGAAAGUGGAGAUAUGCAGGGUGACGACGAUCUGGUGCGAAGACUCGAGGGAGAUCAAAGUCUAGACGACGCAGAACAUCAGAAACGGAGGGAGAAGAGGAGGAAAUCCGAAGGUUUGCGAGGACGCAAGGGAAGUUUUGACUACGAUGAUAGCUCGAAGAAAGUUCGCAAGCGGGGUGAGAGCAAGCCAACCAAAGAUCAGUCAAGUUCACCUUCGAGCGACAGAGGUUUUCCCGUCAAAAAACAUCCAACGUUCCGCAAGCCUGGUUCACCAAGAGGAUCAUAUACAUCAGAAAGGUCAAAAGGAUCGCAAAGAAAAUCCAGACGCAAAGAAAGUUCGUCGGACUUUUCCUCCUCCGUCAGUCGCGGUCUGGUUGGAGAUUUGGACGUAAGCGAAGGCACAAGGAGCAGAAGGAAGAAAGAACACCGUGAAAAGAAGAAAAGGGAGCGUCGACAACCUUCAGAGACAUCAGGCAGUGAACAGCAGAUGUUCGAAUCCAUUCGAAAUAUCAUGCCUCGUGAAGAAGAAACUGGGCAGCAAGGCCGAGUUGAUAUGGAGACGUCGCAACCUCCCCCUGUUUCCGCUGGUACAGCCUCACAACAACCAUUGAAAGGCAUUGCCAAAAGCGUUUACAUUGGUGUCUGCAACUUUGCAAAGGCUGAAGAGCAAGUGGAAAAGAGAUCGGACUUCCGUGUCUAUCACCAGCUAGCCCAUCGUCCACUGUUAGACGAUCUGGAACAGGAACUACCGCUCAUUGUUGUAUACAAGACAGCCAACGGAUCAUUUAGGCACUAUCCCAUACGUCGCCGUAAAGUUGGAAACUCUUCUUACUUCUAUGUAGAUUACGGGGAUCCGAAAGUGCAAGCGCAUGCAUCACUCGACCAUUUAGUGCGAUACUAUCAGAUCAAUGCUCAAAGACAUCCAAACAAUCGCCAGUAUGCUGAUCAGUUCCCUUGGUGGGAAGUGCACUUGUGAGACAUAGGAAAUGGAACUGUGUAAAAUAACUGACUUUGAGUUCACCUGCUACUUUCUCUUUCGUUUUUGUGCGAACUCAUUAUUUUAUGUUUCUAUCAAUGCCCAAAGCAUUACGAAAUAAAGUGUCAGAAGUUGCAUA